AUGAAAACUCUGUUAAUCGUUGGAUUUGUUAUUGUUUGUGUAAUUGCGAACGAAUCCAUGGAAAAAGAGGACGAGAAGUCCUCGGAGUCCAAGUCAUCAGAGGUGAAGUCGUCCGAAGUAAAACCAGGAGCGCAUCCACCAGCACCGGGAGCUCAUCCACUAGAAUGUAAAAAGAAUGAGACCUCCGGAUGCCAACCAUGUGGACCGGAGAAAUCCUGCCACAGUAGCGCAGCACCACCACAUGAGCCGACGGCAUGUACUACAGAAUGCAAGCCUGCUUGUGUCUGUGCGGAAGGUCACGUGAAGGGACCCGAUGGGAACUGUAUACUUGUGGCGGACUGUCCUAAGUCCUGA